CAAACAAUAAACCGGACCGCUAUAAUAACUGGUUUGACGAUUUUAUUGGUCCAACCAUUGAUCUGAUUCGGUUUUUACAACAAGUUUCCUUCUGUUUCCUUCCCCACCUACCUUGGUCUCGGUCUUCAUCGUCACUUUCUUUUCUUCCGAGGCGCUCUACUUUUGUUUAAAAUAUGAAGAAAAUGAAUACCACCAGUCACCACCCUCCUCCAUCUUCUUCCCUUCUUUCACUUCUCUUCCAUUUCAAACUUUAGCUGAAGCAGUGGCUAGCGAGAACCCCUCAUUCUAUUCCUCUCUACCUGCAGCCGCCAUCGACUAGAACUCCGGUAAGAUCAUAAACAUCUCUUUCUUUUCGUCUCGCUGCUGUGUGGUUCUCGAAUUCAUUCCUCGUUCAAUUUUUGCGCUCAUGGAAUUCGUUUUUUCCCCUCUGUUUUUUGAUGGGUAACUCGCUUUUUCUGGGCUUGCAUGUUGGCUGUUGCCCCCUCAGAGUUUCUUAUUUUCCGAAUGCUAGUCCUUUGUAGUGUGUCGUUCCAAAAAUUGGAUGUUAUAUAUAAUUUCAUUAGGCACUCUGACAGAGGAAAUGGCUUAGAUAAAGAGGUUGUUUGGGAAUGUUAAGAAUGGAUCUGGAAUAGACCCAUUUACGGUCACCAUUUAUGUUUUUCUCGAUUCGGAAUGUGAACUAUGCAACUUAAUGUAGCUUGCUAUGAUGCCUCCAUGAAACUGCAAAAGUUUUAAGGUAUAUGACAGUUGUUGAGUAUGUCAAUGAUUUAAAGCUUGUUGAUUGCUUUUUCUUAUGUGUUCUGCAGAAAUGGAUUACGCAAAGGGGGCUGUGACAUCGAUUGUUGUUAUUUUCAUUCCACUACUGAUUCUCCUCUACAAGCUGUGGUUGGGAAGGAGAAAUUCAGAUGCAUCAAACAGAGUUGAUAAUGCCUCUACACAGCCGGAUUCUAUUGCUAAUGCUUCUGAAUCUGCAGAUUCUGAGAAUACUUUGCUGCCUCUUCCUUCUGGGGAGUACGAGGUGUUCUUGAGUUUCAGAGGUCCAGACACUCGUUAUCAGAUCACCGAUAUCCUCUACCGGUUUCUGGUUAACUUAAAGAUUCGGACGUUCAAGGACGACGAUGAGCUGCGCAAAGGAGAAGGGAUAUGGCCCAGUCUUGUCAAGGCCAUUGAACAAUCCAAAAUCUACGUUCCCAUCUUCUCGGAGAAUUAUGCUUGUAGCAAAUGGUGCCUCAGAGAGCUUGCUGCAAUGGUUGAGCGUCAGGAGCGAGACGAGGGGUGCAUCAUACUCCCCAUCUUUUACAUGGUUGAUCCCAGAGAUGUACGACAUCAAAGUGGGCCUUACGAGGAAGCAUUUCAAAAACACAAUAUGAAUUUUGAAGAAAAGACCACAGAAGUUUGGAAAGCUGCUAUGAACAAGGUUGGAGCUUUGAAAGGAUGGCACAUCCAAAGCAAUAAUGAGCAGGGAGCUAUAACAGAUCUUGUCACUGGCGUUAUAUGGUCACAUUUGAGCAAGAAUAAUUAUCUAUUAGAGACAGAUGAGUUGGUUGGAAUUGAUGAUCACAUAAAAGAGGUAGAAGAGAGAAUGAGUUUGGACUCUGGAGGGAUGAUAAUUGUUGGGAUUCAUGGUCUUGGUGGUAUUGGUAAAACCACUCUUGCGAAGGCUGUCUAUAACAAAACAUCUGCUCUUUUUGAUCGGUGUUGUUUUAUGGAAAACGUACGAGAAACACUACAACAAAAUGACGGUUGUCUCAUUUUGCAGAAGAAUCUAAUAAGUAGCAUCCUGAGAACAAAAUUUGAUUGUGACAUUGCUAAUGCUAGUGAAGGAGUCAAAAUUGUAAGAGAUAGAGUUUAUCGUUUCAAAGUCCUUAUAGUUCUGGAUGAUGUAGAUGAGAAACUCGAAUUUCGCAGCAUCUUGGGAGACACUGAGGAUUUAGUUCCGGGAAGUAGAUUUAUUGUUACUUCUAGAAACAUAAAAGUCUUGAGUACUUUGACUGAACAAGACAGGCUUUAUGGUGUUCGGAAGAUGAGUCCGCCUCACGCCCUUCAGCUUUUCUGCAAGCAUUCCUUCAGAAAGGAUUCUCCUCCACCUCUAUAUGAAACUUUGUCGGAAGAUAUUGUAUCUGUUGCUGGGGGGCUGCCUUUGACACUUAAAUUAGUGGGAUCACUUUUAUUUAAAGAAGACGAAGGGAUUUGGAAAGAGAAAUUGAGGCAGCUAAGAGAAGUACCCGAGGAAGAGGUUGUAGAAAGAUUAAAGAUAAGCUAUGACACAUUAAACAACGAGGCAAAGCAAAUUUUCUUGGACAUUGCUUGUUUCUUCAUUGAAACUGAGAAGGAGAUAGCUUCUUACAUGUGGAGUGAUUGUGGCUUGUUUCCGAUUGUCAACAUAAAUAUUCUUAUUCAGAGGUGUAUGAUUGAAAUGGAUGAUCAUGAUAAGUUCCAAAUGCAUGAUCAACUUAGAGAUAUGGCCAGAGAAAUUAUACGGCAAGAAGAUAUAAAAUAUCCUUGGAAGAGAAGUAGAAUAUGGUCCGCUGAAAUGGCAAUGGACAUGUUACGCGAUAAGAAGGGAACAGACCGAGUGGAGGCCAUUAGAGUAAACUUAUCAUUCAAUGAUGAUGAUGAUAAUGAAGAUAAUGAUGUUGUGGAGGAGGAGCUCGAAAAGGAUUGCUUUAUGAAUUUAUCAGAGCUAAGAUAUCUUGAGGUCAGAGCUGCCAAGCUCGCUUGCGACAUUAGUAAUCAUCUUCCGAAUUUAAGAUGGCUGCGAUUGGAGCUCAUGGAUGGUUAUGGUUUGGAUAAUAUAGGUAUGAAGAAUCUGGUGAUUCUUCAACUCUUACAACCAGUAGAUGAAAGUUGGGAAGGUUGGAGCCAUAUCAAGGUGUCAAACAAGCUGAAAGUUUUGGAGUUCUUGGGGGAUAGCCUAACCAAAUUGCCCCAGUUUCCACAAUCUGGAAGGCUGGAGGUGUUAAGUGUUUCUCAAUUCAGUGGUGAAUCUGGGUACCUGGAUAUUGGGAAUUUGAGGAACCUAAAGGUGUUGCGCCUGGAGGGUUGUGAUAUAAGUGAGAUAAGGGGUGGAACCAUUGGGAUGAUGAAGGGGCUUCGAGAGCUUGACUUCAGCGAGUUCUGUUGUGAGAAGAAUCUGAGACAAGUGCUCAGAGAUAUUGGAGAACUGCGGUCUCUUGAAAUCUUGAUGGUAUCAUGUGAAACCAACUUGCUGUUGGGGAUUAAGCUUCCCACAAGUUUGAAAGUGCUAGAGACUUCAUCUCCAGUUGCUAACCUUCCAGAGCUGUCGGAGUUGGAGAAUCUAGCCGUUCGAGAUUGUGAUUCUGGACUUGAGAUCCCGACAGCAGACAGUAGUAUGUGGUGGAAGAUAUCCAAAUUGAAGUCCCUAUCACUCUCUAACUCAAAGAUGACUACCUCAAUUACUACCAGUCCAACUCCUUUGCUGUUGCUUCCAUCAUCUCUCACUAGCCUCGUCAUUUAUUCUUGUCCAAAACUGGUGUGGCUCCCAAGUCUAGAGAAUCUGGAGAACUUAACUCAAUUUAAAAUCUCCUUAUGUCCCUCACUUAAGCAGAUCCCAAGUCUUGACAGUCUUCUCUCUUUGACAAGCUUGAGCCUUUCAGGAUGUAAAGCAUUGGAGAGACUACCCAGUCUGGCGUAUUUGAGCAAGUUGUUGGAGUUAGACAUCGACUUCUGCCCUCGUCUUGCAGAAAUCCAAGGCCUUGGAGGACUGAGAUCGUUGCAAAAGCUCAGCAUUGAUGAUGCAGAGAGUUUAACUCGUCUCCUUGGCUUUCGAACUCUCCUAUCUUUCAACAAGUUAACAACUUUAAUCAUAGGGAUCAGCCCUCUUCUCUCAUCAGUAUCAUUCAAGGACCCUGAAUAUGAUGACGACGGUGAUGGCCAAUUAGCAGCAAUACUCAACUCCUUACGAUAUCUACUCAUCAGUGGAACUACUCCAGUCCUACAGAGCUUCUGCCAGAUAUUGCAUCUGUCAAAGUUCCCCAUGACGAAGCAGUUGAAAAUCACAGGGACGGGAGGAAAGGAUAAUGUAGAUACAGAGUUGGUAUUAGAUUGGAUUGAGUCUAUGGAAGAGUUGAAUGAACUGACUUUGCUUGACUUGGCCUCAAUAAGGAGACUCCCUCCAUUGUCGAAGCUUCGAAAGUUGUAUAGAUUGACAGUAACUGAUGCUCCAAACCUGCAGGAGAUCGGGCCGCUUGGAGGAUUGAGUUCCUUGGAACACCUUGAUUUCAGUGGGUGCACAUCAUUGCAAAGGUUGCCGGAGGAUCUGUCUAGCUUGGAGCAAUUGCAAAGCGUAAACAUUAGAGGCUGCACAAGCUUGAGUGAUUUCUCUGCUCUAAAGAACCUACAGCAGAAUGUAACCAUAUGGUGGCCAGUCUCCAACGCCCUACCCUCGGACGAUGCAGACUUAAUGUCAGACUCAGACCUGGACUCGAACUAUGACAUCUCAGACUCGGGCAGUGUCACUGUCAGCCGAUCCAUUCGCAUAUACAACUUAGAUUCCGGCUCAGACGCAGACUCGUACUCAAGUGAAUCCUGAGGAGUGGUAUCUGAUUCAGUAUUCUCUUCACAUAGUCAUCUCUUGUGUGGAUUUGAAGGCAUUGUAAUUUAUGCUCUAGAAUUGGUGGCUGGUGAUUGGUAAGUUGUCUGAUAUCUUCUGUUCAAACUUCAGAGCAACACAGGAAAGUAGUCCCAUAUCAAUCACAUUGGGAAACUGUAAUUUCUUUGGGAUGAGGAGGCAUCCAAGCUUGUGAUUGAAUAUCACUUCACAAUGAGACACUGGGUUUACUGUCUACUGUAUGUUCAAUUUGAAAGGCCAUAUUGUGCAUAAUUGGUUUGAUUCGACUAGUUUGUGGUAAAUUAUGCAUGAUCUUAAGCGUUUAGCGUGACAAUCUCAAAGGGGCACACCAGUAUAAUUAGAAGAUUGCUAUGCUUCAAGGACCCUAAUCAGAUAUAUUGGUUGAGGUCUAAAAGAAUUUUUUAAAUUUACAACUUUUUUUAUAUCUUCAUUUUAAGUUGAUGUUCAAAAUGUUGCACAAGCAAACUAAUUUAACUUUCGUGGUACAUUUUCCAUACCAUUAACAUAUUAGCUUUCUCUUCUUUUUUCCACAUUUUUAACAUUUAAUUUAUUUUUUUCAAGAUUUAAUUCUACAAACCCAUCUGGAACAAUUUAAUAAUGUGUUUACAUUGUU